AUGGUGGUUGUUGAUGUUGGUGCUGCACCUGGUUCCUGGUGUCAAGUUGUAGCUGACAUUGUGCAGCCCAGUUUAUAUCCCGAUGCAUUUAUAUUAGGGAUCGAUCUUCAAGCCGAUAUCACAGCUCCAAAAACACAUCAAAAUAUAUUGCGUCUUUUGAAUGGGCGUACUGUCGAUGUUGUGCUUAGUGAUAUGGCUCCAAAUCCUACUGGUGAUGGCGGAUUGGAUCACGAACGCAUUGUGUCGCUGUGCAGUACGCUGCUCGAGCUGAGCGUCCAGAAAUCCGUUAUCCCACUGGUGCGCAAUGGCACAUUCCUCUGCAAAAUAUUUGAUGGUCCAAGGCGUAACGAACUGAUCGCACAACUUCAGCAACAUUUUGCCAAAGUUUACACUGUUAAGCCAAAAGCUAGCCGUGAUCACAGUGCUGAGGUUUACUUGUUAGCACUGAGGAAGCGCGAUUGA